UUGGUAUAUUUCUUAGGGUCAGACGGUAGAUUUCAUCGGAAUAUAUUGGCCUGUGUGACAGGAAAAAUAAUAUAAAAUGAACACAAAUAGAAUCCUGCUCCAAGCACAACAUUAGCGGCAGGCACGCGUAAAACACGGAAGAAAAUCGAGACGAGACUCGAACGCAAAAGGCAGCGGGUGUCUUGGAACGUGAAAAGAGGGGUUAAAGCAGCCAAAGUGUCCUGCUCCAAAAGUAAACACCGGUGACAGUGCCACCUCUGCAGGUGGAGCAGCAUCCAGCGAAUCCUCCACUCUAUGAGUGGUUAAGCGUGUCGUCUCCGAGUCUACUGUUGCCCCAGGCUCCAGCAGCAGCGGGAUUGGAUGAGGGAUGAGCGGCCUUGUUUAUAGGCAGGUGCGCGUCCCCGUGACAGUAGCAGCAGCGGAAGCAACAGAGGCAGCAUCAACAUAAUUUAAACCUCAAAGAAAAGUGAAAAACGGAAAAACAGAAAGAGAAUCGGAAAACGAGAAAACGCUUCGAUAAAUCGGUUCCUUCGGGUCGCCCAGGAGAGCGGUGGAGCGUGAAGAACGGUGCACAGAGAGCGAGUGCUGUGUAUGUGUAUCCGUGUCGGUGUCUCAGUGUGUGUGUGUGCGUGUGGCAGCAUCCUGGAAAAGCAGGAGAGCGGAAAAGCAGAGCAAAGUAAAAGCAACAUAAUCAACCAGAAAUAUAAAAACAGAGUUUUCCCCUAGACCCAACUCCUCAUCCAAUCCCGCAACCCCCGCCACCCAGUCCCCCAGCGUGCUGUCAACAAUUUCCCAAUUGUCGUCGUGCAAACCCUCGUCCUCGUCGCCAUUGCUGUCGGAGCAGUCACCAUCAGAACAAUCAUGGAAUGCCGCUGAAGCCGACCCCAGGAGAACCACAGCAGAGCAGAGCAGCUUUCAUCUCCUGCUCCUCCUGCUUCUGCAGUUCACUCAAUGCCAGACGGCUUCGUCACCCACCAGCAGAAGCUAUAGAUAUUGCUAUAGAUACGGCUAAAGAUACACAGAUACACACGCAAUGGCCAUGUCCAGGUGCAUGUCUAUGUCCACGCUGUGACCUAUAAAGCCGCCCGAAAUUCCCAGUGAAAAUUAAGUAGAAUCAACAGAUCCAGACUUAGUCUCGAUCCAGAUCCGGAACCCAGAACUCGGAUUACCCCACAUUACCGCAGUCUAGUUCCAACUCCAGUCCUACUAGCAGAAACAGAAGCGCAUCAAGAUGACCACAGACUUUCUGUUCCCUAAAAUAGCGGAUUGCUCCUAUGUGUCCUGUUACUGCGAGGAGAACGUGUGGAAACUCUGCGAGCAGGUGAAGCGGACGCGGCCCGAGGAGCUGGGCACAUGCUAUGCUGUGUUCGUGUCUAACGAGGGGCGAACGGUGCCGCUGUGGCGCCAGAAGGCCGGACGUGGCGACGAUCAAGUUGUGAUAUGGGACUACCAUGUAUUCUUCAUGCACAAUCCCUCGCCGAACCGCUGCCUGGUGUUCGACCUGGACACCACGCUGCCCUUCCCCACAUACUUCCACAAGUACGUGACGGAGACAUUUCGCUCCGACCUGGCACUGCGACCAGAGCAUCACAGAUUCUUCAGAGUCAUACCCGCAGACACAUAUCUCAUUGAGUUCUCCUCAGACCGGCGGCACAUGCGACGGCCGGAUGGCAGCUGGAUCAAGCCGCCGCCCUCAUAUCCACCCAUUCUAUCAAACACCAAUAUGCACUGUCUGGGCGACUUCAUCUGCAUGAGUGCCGGAAAGGGCCCCGGCGCCGUAUACAGCCUCUCGGAAUUCGUGCACAACUUCUACAAGUCGCCCAAUAUGGUUGCGCAACACAACAAGUAAAGAGGAUCCACAUCCGUAUCCGCGACCAGGCACACGCAUCCAUCAUAGUCCCAUAAUCGAUGUCCCUUAGGAUAAUGUCAAGAUAGUUUAGUUUUUGUGGUGCAGUUGCUAGCCAGAGAGACAGUUAAUUACCAAUUGCAUAUACAUAAAAACAUACAUAUAUAUACACAUGAAUAUAUUUAUGAUAUUGUAUUUUUGUAUUCAGAUUAACAGAUAGAAGACAAGCCAAGCCGCUCGCCGCGCUUCGCUGUGCUCUUCAGAUCAUUUAUAUUGAAAUUCAAUUCUAAAGAAAUUAUAAAUCUAAUUAUACAUUUUUUAUUGUAUGUGUAUUGUAUUCGAUAAAACACUCAUAGAUAUAUCAUACAUCGUAUAUCAUAUAGUAUAUACUGAUACGGAUCGGAUCUAGCUAAGGGCAGUCCAAGAAAUUCGAUUUUUAUUCGUUACUCUCUUCAAGUACUUUUUGAAAUCUUAACCCUUAAACCCAAAACCGAAAACCCAAGCCUAAGCGAAGGGCAACGCACCAAUUACGAGUAAAACUAUAACAUUUACAAACCAUUUAUGGGAUACAUACAAGAAUAUCUAUAUGGAAAUAUAUGAAGAUACAUAUAUACAUAUGUAGAUAUGGAUAUGGAUAUACUACGCUACGCUCUUGAUUCUGUAAUUACAUUUUUGGCUAAGCUAAAAGCAACCUUAACCUUAGCCUUAACCUUAAUCUAAAUCGAAGUCUACAUCUAAAUUUAAACCUUAAUCGUUGACUCGAAGCUAAAGCUAAAUCGAAAAGAAUAAUUAAAUUAAUGCUUGUUAACUUGUUUUACCGUAUUUAUUGUACACUAAUUACGUACUCGUACAACAAUUAUAAUUGUAAUUCGAAUAUA